AUGGCGUCCGCCACGCUCCGUCUCGGGGUCAUCGCGUCCGCGCGACGGACCGUGAACCUCACAUCGAGACUCGAUCGCGGUUCGUCUCUCGCGACGCCCGCGUUCCAGGCUGUUCACUCGCGUAAAUCCUCGUCAAUCAAUCAAACAGACACUGAGUCGUCCUCAUCCCCACGCCUCACCUUCCUUUUUCGACCAGUCGUCAUCGCCGACGAGGCGGUUCUGCGUGCGUUGAAAAACCCAACCUUCAUCGACGUCCGUGGUCCGGGAGAGGUUGAGGCCAAGCCGGGUCCUGUGGGCGCCCUGAACGUGACUUGGGACACGUCCACGUGCACGUUCUUCGACCCGUCUCUCCUCCCCGCCGAUAAGACUAACCCCGUGGUUGUCUUCUGA